AUGAAGAAGAUUUUUGGCUUCGGGAGUAAGAAGGGCGAGUCGCCCUUUCGCUCCUCCACCAGUCCGAAGAGGGACAGCGCAGUCGUCGGGCGUGAGAAUAGUAAAAACGUCAAUUCACAGCCAGGGUACUACAUUCGAGACAAAGAUCUCGGAAAGAUACACAAAGCUGCCAGCGUGGGUAACGUAGCGAAGGUUCAGCAGAUUCUUUUGCUCGGGAAAAAUGGCUUGAAUGAUAGAGACAAAGCGAACAGGACUGCCCUACAUUUGGCCUGUGCCAAUGGCCAUCUCGAUGUGGUCACUCUUUUAGUGGAGAGAAAAUGCCAGCUUAACCUUUGUGAUAACGAAAACAGGACAGCUCUGAUUAAGGCCGUACAGUGCCAGGAGGAGGAAUGUGCAACUGUCCUGCUAGAACAUGGAGCUGACCCGAACGUUAUGGAUGUGAAUGGCAACACUGCUCUCCACUACGCGGCCAGUAGUCAGAAUAUAUCACUAGCAGAAAAACUGCUGGCACACAAGGCAGAUAUUGAAGCAAGAAACAAGGAUGACAUCACACCACUUUUACUCGCUAUAAGUGAAAACAAGCAGCAAAUGGUGGAAUUUUUAGUAGAAAAAGAAGCAAAUAUACAUGUAGUUGAUAAGGCAAAAAGAACAGCCCUCAUGCUUGCUGUAAAUUAUGACUCAACAAAUAUAGUCAGGCUUCUUCUUCAGCAAGGCAUUGAUGUCUUUUCUCAAGAUAUCUAUGGAUGGACUGCAGAAGAACAUGCUAUUAUUAGUGGUUUUAAUAUGUUCCUGCAGCAUAAUUCCGUUGUGUCUCUGCGGCUCCUAUUUCGUCCGGCCGCUUGGACUCACCCCGGAUGUGGGCUUAGGCCUCCGUGCCUGGCUGGCAGAUUCAAAAAAAAUGCUAGCAUUGUGAGUCCAGAAAAUAGAACCUUAUUUGAGGAUAAUAAUUAUGAUACUCAAGAUGGAGACGUGGUUGAAAGUCUUUCUAAGCCAUCAUUCAGAAUCCAGGACUUUUCUCAUCCUGCUUAUCCAUCACCUGCCCCUCCUUUAAAACCUUCCUUGAAUUUUUCAGCAUUCCCUGAUGUCACAAAGGUAAGAGCAACAAAGCCAGCAAUUGCAAAAAGAGAUAACGACAUUGAUGUUAUUCAAAGUGCUCAAAUAGAGCAAACAAAUAAUGACAAUUUGACUUAUGUUGAUGGAACACACAAAAAUAAUAGAAUCCAUAUGAUGUCAGCAUUAGGAUUAGGAGAAGAGGAAGAUACAGAAUCACCUUGGGAUUCAGAGAGUGUGUCUGAGAGUCUUCCACAGAAGUAUGCUGGUCCUUUAUCUGGAGCUGCAAAUGAAAAAGGAGAAAAUAUAAUAAAUGGGCAAGUAGAAGAUGUGUUUUAUAUACCUUCUUGCAUGAGUGGAUCAAGAAACUUUAAGAUGGCUAAACUAGAGGAUACAAGAAAUGUAGGCAUACCAGUAGCCCACAUGGAUUAUAUGAAAUGUACCUUAUUUAUUAAUCGUCCUGUUUCAAAGCCCAUUCAGUCUACCACUGAAAUGAAAGAUCCUUCUCCUGAGAGAACAGUAGGAAUCAAGAAUAUACAAACAUGUAAAUCAGCAGAUCUAGACUUAAAAAUGACUUCUGAGGAAGAACAAGAAAGAUUUGCAGAAAGUGAAAACAGCCAGUCACAGGUUGAAGAAGAAAGGAAGAAGUCCAAAAGCAUUGAAUUAAAAGUAUCAGAAAACAUAAAUGAUUCUGAUACUGACAGUGGUGAAGAUGGAUUAAUUCAGCCAGGAAAAAGUGGAAAAACUGAUAAUCAGCAAUUUCCUAUUAAGGAGAGUGAAGAUUUUGAUAGUAGUGGUCCUGCCUUGCCUAUGAAGGAAGUAAAGGAAAAUGAAAGUAAAAACUGGAUCUCAAAAGAAUCUGCAAUUACAUCAAUAGUGGCGAAAGCUAAUUUGCUAACUGGUGUUCUACAAGCGAGUGAUGAUAGCAGUUUGAGUGAAAUAAAUCAGGAUGAAGAAAGUUUUUUGGUCCAAAAGCAAAUUAAUUCUAUGGAUGACCUUGAUGAUCUAUCUCAGUCAUCUGAAACAGCUUCUGAGGAUUGUGCAUUGCUAUGCUCUAAUUAUAAGAAUUCUAUGCUUUUAAUUGAACAACUUGGAGUGGAUUGUAAAGAUUCUGUUAGUCUGUUGAAAAUACAGGAUACAAUUCUUUCAUAUGAAAGAUUAAUAGAAAUUAAGAAAAAUCACUGUGAACUACUUACAGGAAAAAUAAAAAAAAUGGAAAAUAAAUUUAGUGGACUACAAAAGGAGCUCUCAGAAACAAAAGAAAUAAAAUCACAGUUAGAGCAUCAAAAAGUGGAAUGGGAACAAGAACUCUGCAGAUUGAGAUUUACCUUAAAACAAGAAGAAGAGAAGAGAAGAAAUGCUGAUAUGUUAUAUGAAAAAAUUAAAGACCAAUUAAGAAGAAAAGAAGAACAAUAUAGUAAAGAAGUUGAAAUGAAGCAACAACUUGAACUCACUCUUAGGACACUAGAUAUGGAAUUGAGGACUGUAAGAAAUAAUUUCAAUCAGGUUGUAGAAGAACGAAAUGAUACCCAGAGGCAACUUUCUCGAGAACAGAAUGCUAGAAUAUUGCAAGAUGGAAUUCUGACCAAUCACUUUUGCAAACAGAAAGAGAUAGAAAUGGCACAAAAGAAAAUGAUGCAGAAUUCUGAGGUUUCUAGUAGUCAUGAGAAAGAAAAAGAUUUAUUGCAUAAAAACCACAAGUUGCAAGAUGAAAUUGCCGUACUAACUCUGGAGGUAAACACAUUAAAAAAUCAGAAUCAAGAAAAAGAAAAGAAGUAUUCUGAGGACAUUGAAAGUGUAAAAGAAAAAAAUUAUGGUCUUCAAAAGACAUUAAAACAGAAUGAAGAAACAUUAACAAAAACAAUAUUUCAGUAUAGUGGACAGCUUAAUGUUCUAACAGCUGAGAAUGCAACACUAAGUUCCAAAUUGGAGAAUGAAAAACAAAACAAAGAAAGACUGGAAACAGAAAUAGACUCCUACCGUUCUAGACUGGCUGCGGCUAUACAUGAUCACAACCAAAGUCAGACAUCAAAACGAGACAUAGAACUUGCUUUCCAGAGAGCAAGAGAUGAGUGGUUUCGUUUACAGGACAAAAUGAAAUUUGAAUUGUCUAACCUAAAAGAUAGCAAUGAAACUCUUUCCCAACAACUAUCGAAAGCUGAAAGUAAAUUCAAUAGCCUAGAAAUUGAGCUCCAUCAUACAAAAGAUGCUCUCAGAGAAAAGAUUUUGCUUUUAGAACGUUUACAAAGAGACCUAAACCAAACACAGUGUCAGAUGAAGGAAAUUGAACACAUGUAUCAAAAUGAACAAAGUAAAGUGAAUAAAUAUAUUGGAAAACAGGAGUCCAUAGAGGAAAGAUUAUCCCAACUACAAAGUGAAAAUAUGUUGCUUCGACAGCAAUUGGAUGAUGCUCACAACAAAGCUGACAAUAAAGAAAGGACAGUAAUUAAUAUUCAAGACCAAUUUCACAAUAUUGUAAAAAAACUUCAAGCUGAAAGUGACAGACAAAGUCUUAUGCUUGAAGAGAGAAAUAAAGAAUUAAUCAGUGAAUGUACUCAUUUAAAAGAACGGAUGUAUCAUUAUGAAAAUGAGAAAGUGGAACGAGAAGUAAUUGUAAGACAACUUCAGCAAGAACUGGCUGACACCCUAAAAAAACAAUCUAUGUCCGAGGCAUCACUGGAGGUUACAUCACGGUACCGCAUGACUUUAGAAGACGAGACACAGGAUUUAAAGAAGAAAUUAGGUCAAAUCAGAUGUCAGUUGGAAGAAGCACAGGAUCGGCAUACAGAAGCUGUACGAUAUGCUGAGAAGACACAAGAGCACUUGCAAAUGCUUGAAAUUGAAAAUUCAGAGUUGAAAGGUACAAUAAAAAAGCAAGCGGACAAAAUGGAACACCUUCAGAAAAACCUAUUAGGUAUAAGUUUGUCUGAAGAUGAAAAGGAACAAUUAAAAAAACUUACUGAAUUAAAACAAUCUCUGGAAUAUCGUUUGGACCAAGAAAUGAAGAAAAAUGGUAUAUUAGAAAAAGAAAUUAGUGGAUUUAAGAAACUGUUAAAACUGACAAAAAAGAAGUUAAGUGAAUAUGAAAAUGGAGAGCUUAGUUUCCAUGGAGAUUUAAAAACGAAUCAAAUUGAAAUGGAUAUUCAGAUGGCCAUGCUAAAACAUAAGAUUGAUGAUCUUACAGCAAAACUAGAAACUUCAUCUUCAAAAUGUCUACAUCUGGAUGCAAAAAAUCAAGCUCUUCGACAGGAGUUAUUAGCUAUGAAAGCAGUACAAAAGAAAUGUGAAAAACUAGAGAAGAAUAAAAAGAAGUUGGAACAAGAAGUAGUAAACCUCAAAAGUCAUCUAGAGAUAAAUAUGUUAGACCACGGUCAAAUAGAACAGUAUAAACGGGAGAUUGAAGAAAGAGCAAGGCAGGACAUAGUAGAAAAGCUAAAAGAAGUCAAUCUGUUUCUACAGACUCAAGCAGCUUCUCAUGAAAACUUGGAGCAGUUAAGAGAGAAUAACAAUGCUUCAAUCAGAAGUCAAAUGGAACUCAGAAUUAAAGAUCUAGAAUCUGAACUCUCUAAAAUGAAAGUUUCCCAAGAAGAUUCUAAUAAAACAGAAUUGGAAAAAUAUAAGCAACUCUAUUUAGAAGAAUUAAAAGUUCGAAGAGCAUUGUCAAAUAAAUUAAACAAAACUAAUGAGAGGCUAGCAGAGAUCAGUACCAAACUUCUUGUGGAGAAACAACAGAAUAGAUCUUUGCUUAGCACUCUCACAAUGAGACCAGUCCUGGAGCCGCCUUGUGUUGGAAAUGUUAAUAACAGUUUAGUGCUCAAUAGAAAUCUUAUGCCCAGAGAAAAAUUAGCAAUUCCUACCUCAAGCCCACAGCCUUCAAAUAACAGCAUGGAAACCUACUUGACUAAGAUGCAGCAGGAGUUGGAAAAAAAUAUAACUAGAGAACUAGAAGAAGCUGCUGCUGAAUUUGAAUCUGGAUCCUGUAGAGCUUCUCCUCUAGGAUCCACUGAUGAGUCAAAUCUAAAUCAAGACUUACUUCUGAAAACGUCGCAAGAAUAUGUGCAAAUUAAAGAAAAAUUAUAUGAU